AUGUUUCAGUCUUAUUCUUUUCUUCAUUUAUUUUCACUCAUCUUUUCUUCAUUUUUCUUUUUAGACUCUUUCUCGUUAAUUCCUUCAUUUUAUCCUUUUUUUCUUUCUCAUUUUUCAUGGCAUUUUCUCAUCGUUUUUAUUUCUUUAUUGUUUUCCAAUUUCAUUUUUAUUUUUUGUUUUUAUUUUCAUUUUUAUCUCCACUUAAUUUUAUCUUUUAAAAUUUUUCUUUCUUUCGUCAUAAAUUUCCUUAUUUACAAAUUAUUUUCUCUUCUUUCUUUCAUUCAGUCUUUCUUUUAUAGCAAUUUUUUCUUCAUUACUUAUAUUAUUUUUUGUAAUUAUUUUCAUUUUUUUUUCUUUGGUGCUUUCUUUUGCAUUAUCUUUUUUCUUUGUUCUGUCAGUUUCAUUUUAAAAUCCUUUUCAGUAUUUGAAUUUCAUUUCUUUAAUUCGUCUCUCUUUUUUAAUAUCAUCAUUCUUUCUUUUCUGAUAUUUACCAUUCUUUCUUUCUUUCUUUCAUCUUCGCUUACUAUCCUCCUUUUUUUCUACUUUUACAUUUCUUUCAUAUUUCUUUCUCUAGUUCUUUCUUUCUUUCUUUCUUUUAUUUUCACCGUUCUUCCUAUAUUUCCAUCUUUCUUUCUAUUUUGGCUUCCUUUUUUUCCUUUCUUUUUCCUUUCUUUUUCCUUUCUUUCUUUUCUCUUUUGUCCUAUAUAUCUUUCUUUCUUUCUGUCCUUCUAA